AAACCGUUACUAAGGUUUGUUUACAUUAUCCAAUUUUAAAAAUAAAAAAAUAAUAAAUUAAUAAAUUAACAUGCAAGAGCCUGAUUUAGCUAAGAAUUCAGUCCUUCAAAAGACUAUAAGUGACUUAGGGGAAACAUUAGAGACAGUCAAAGGAUAUGACUUUAAUCAAGGAAUCAAUUACAGUGAAAUAUUGAGUAAUUUUGACAAAAUGGGAUUUCAAGCUUCAAAUUUCUCAAAAGCAGUCUAUGAAAUCAACGAAAUGCUGGCUGAUCGAUAUGAAGCUCUAGACGAGGAUGAGCUGGAUGUUUAUGAAGAUGAUGAGUUCAUAAAAAGGAAGCAUAAAUGCACAAUAUUUAUUGGAUAUACCUCAAACAUAGUUUCUAGUGGAUUAAGAGAGAAUAUUAGGUUCCUUGUACAGAAUAAACUUGUUGAUUGCAUUGUUUGUACUGCCGGUGCAAUUGAAGAGGAUUUUAUAAAAUGUAUGGCACCAACUUAUAUUGGAUCUUUUGAGCUAGACGGCAAGCAGUUAAGAGACAAAGGAAUAAAUAGAAUUGGGAACUUGCUAGUUCCAAAUGACAACUACUGUUUAUUUGAGAACUGGAUUAUGCCAUUACUGGAUGAAAUGCUUAAGGAACAGAAAGAUAAUGGAACUAUUUGGACACCAUCUAAAGUAAUUCAAAGACUAGGCGAGAGGAUUGAUAAUGAAGAAUCUAUUUGCUAUUGGGCAGCUAAGAAUAAGAUUCCAAUAUUCUGUCCAGCAUUAACUGAUGGAUCUUUAGGUGAUAUGAUGUAUUUCCAUUCAUUUAGAAAUCCUGGCUUAAUCCUAGAUAUAUUAAAUGAUCUUCAGAGAAUUAAUAAAAUGGCAAUGAAAGCAAUAAAAUCAGGAGUUUUAUCAAUUGGUGCUGGUGUCUCGAAACAUCAUUUAAUGAAGGCUAAUUGUAUCCGAGAUGGUGCUGAUUAUACAGUGUUUUUAAAUACAGCUGUAGAAUAUGAUGGCUCAGACAGUGGAGCUAAUCCAGAUGAGAGUAUUGCUGCUGGAAAAAUCAAACCGGAUGCACAUCCCGUGAAAAUAUUUGGGGAAGCAUCAAUCAUUCUUCCACUUUUAAUAGCAGAAACAUUUGCAAAGUUUCACUUUUCAAAGACAAUAAAAUGAUUUUAAAAAA